UGAGAAACACAUCCGUACGCGGUUCAAGAACACAACAGGUUCAGAAGAAACAAGAUGUUUCGUGGAGUGCUACUUCUGUUCCUGAGCGGCAUAACAACCGCACAAUUUCCUGUGUUAGGUGAUCAACAGCACCACGUGUCCAGUAUCACAGACUACCUGGAAGAAACGGAGACUUGUUACAAAUGUGAUGAUGAGGUGGCUAUCCUAAAGGAGGUCAUUGCCAACCAGUCCGCACUUCUAGCACAACAGGCCGGACAACUAGCACAACAGGCCGGACAUCUAGCACAACAGGCCGGACAUCUAGCACAACAGGCCGGACUCAUCUCAUCUCUGCAGAGUCAAAUGGACAGUGUUGUCGCACGGGUGGACAGUGCCGAGCAGUUCAUGAAUACAUGUAACGCACCGUCCAACUGCACUGAAGUAGCAGAGAGAAGUGGAAUCAACAACCAGGCAUUCUACGUCAUCGACCCUGAUGGACCAGAACGGGGGGUCCUGCCGAUGGUUGUUCAGUGUGAUGUUCAGGGAGAUAAAAUAAUCACCCUGAUUGGCCACGACAGUGAGGCACGGACACAUGUGAAUGGGUUUGAGAAUAGAGGUUCUUACUCAACAAGGAUGUGACGUACUGGAAUAGCAUGGACCAAGUGAGAGCUGUGGUGGACAAGUCAAGUCUCUGUAAACAGCACAUCAAGUAUGAAUGCCGCGGCUCGUUGAUCUCGUCGUACGAUAAUGGCCCACCCGCCUCCUGGUGGGUGACUUGGGAUGGUCGCCAGGCUGACUACUGGGGAGGUGCCAGUCCUGGGAGUGGGCAAUGUGCUUGUGGAGAAUCAGGCACAUGCUCUGGACCCUCGGACAAAUGCAACUGUGAUGCCAAUGAUUACACCUGGCGUGAGGAUUCUGGGUUCCUGUCCCAC